AUGAGGGGGCAAAUGAAGGUACCAGGCUCUACUAAAAUCUGUAAGGGCUGCAAAGUGUGGCCAGGGGGAAGUCAGGCUUGGGGCUGGAGAGAAACAAGAACUGAGCGUUCUCCUGGUGUGCAGCCUGCAGAUGUGCAGGAAGUUGUCGAGAAAGGCGUGCUGACCCUUGUUAUUGGCCAGGGGAUGAGUGAGGCCUCGAAGGUACCCUCAUCAACUGUGGAGUACCUCGGGAAACAAGGCAUUGAUGUGCGGGUCCUCCAGACAGAGCAGGCACUGAAGGAGGAUAAUGCUUUGGUUACCCAAGGCAUCAGGGUGGGAGGGGUCUUCCAUUCCACCUGCUGA